UGUGUGUCAUGCACAGUAAUAAAUACAUUCCAGCACAGGUGGUAGAUCUGAGGAAGGUGUGUAAAUUAGUGCAGCUGGAAUAACAUGGUAAAGGGUGAAAGAGUUGGCUUAGUGUCCUCUGAGCCGGAUGUGCAGGACAGCAGAAGCACUAAGGAUUGUCUGAAGCUGCUCCUCAGCUCUACAGCCCACUGUUCAGAAGGUGGACCUCAUUAUUCAGGAUGGAGUAGAAUUUGGACACCAUCUGUCCUUCUACCCUCCUGUCAAAGGAGACUGUUUGGACACAAGGAAAAGUUGGAGUCCUUUAGCUUCUGGGGAAACAGCAGAUAAUAUGGCAACAAUGAUGCCCCCUCCAGGCAGAUUUUUUUUUCCUCAGGAGUUACAGUUUCUAUAUAAACCUGUUUGCUCAAUCCAGUAUUAUUAAGUUACACUUUGAGAUGUUCAGCUGUGAAUUAUUAAGCACAUUAGUGCGUGAAUUGUUGCCUUUUCGGUGCCAGUUUUAUACAUUAUGCCUUAGCUUAGUCUCACAGACGGAAUAUACUUUUCAUUAAAUAUUACACGGCUUUCUGAAAAGACCCAUAAGGAGCGAGUGCUGAAUCACUCUUAGGGCCGAGCUGGACUUUGCGCUCUUCAGUGCUGCGUUCCGCCCUCCAUACUCGGCUAAGUCUCUCAUUAAUCACAUCGGUUCGCUCUCGGGAAGAAGCCUUUGUUUUAACUAUCUGCCUCUCCAGGCUGUGGACUACGGAGAAAAACAAGAUGAAGUAAAAGGGGAGCGGAGGGCAGCAGUAUAUUCUCAAGAAAAAGUAAAUAUGUUCAGUCGGAAACGGCCGCCAGUAAAAGAACCAGGAAGUCGAUCGCCCUUUCUUGUCAGGAGGAAGCCUCCCAAGCCUUACCGGCUGUCCCAGCUGCGAAUCGUCCUCCUGGGGGAGAGGGGGGCCGGCAAGAGCACAGCAGGCAAUGUCAUCCUGGGCCGAGAGGAGUUUGAGUGCGGGAGAGAGACGCAGGCGUGCGUGCGGAAGCGAGCCGAGAAGGACGGGAGGCAGGUCAGCGUGGUGGACACGCCCGGCUGGGACGGCUCCACACUGGACGUCCCUGACAGCCUUCGUAGAGAGCUGGUGCGCAGCGUGGCGAUGUGCCCCUCCGGACCACAUGCCAUCCUGCUGGUCAUCCCGGCCACGUGGAGCCUGUUCACGGAGACGCAGAGAAGGGCCGCCGAGGGCUGUCUGGGGCUCUUCGGGGAGAGGAUUUGGAGCCACACCCUCGUGCUCUUCACCAAGGGGGGCAAGAUUGGCAGGGAGGCCCUGGAGGAGAAGGUGAAGGGGAGGGGGGUCCACCUUCAGGGGCUGCUGGAGCGAUGCGGGGGCCGAUGUCACUUCCUGUCGAACAGGAAGCAAUGGGGGGAGGAUCAGGUCACAGAGCUGCUGGAGAGGAUCGACGAGAUGACAGUGGCCAAUGACGGCUGGCACUUCAGGAUUGACCCUCCUCCCAGAGCAGAGUGGGGUCCAGGGGGGUCCACAGGUGAGGGGGAGGGCAGGCUGAGGGAGAGGCUGGGGGAGAUGGAGAGGGAGAUGGAGGAGAUGAGGCGGAGGUGCGAGUGGAAGCUGAAGGAGAAGGAAGAGGAGCUGAAACGUGACUUUGAAGAGACAUGGAGGAGAAGAGAAAGGGAGCUGAGAGAGGAGAUGGAGAAAAAUGCAGAAGAAAGGGGGCUGACGAGAGAGAAGGAGGAAGUACGGGCCAGAAAGGAGCCCCCCCACGUGAUCUGGAGAGAAGGCCCAGCAGAGCAGCCACUAGGGGGAGCCGGUGAUCAGCUUACCCCAGUGCUGAAGCGGCCGGGAGGCCCCAAGACUGGGGAGUGCCGAGCCGGGGACAUGGGGGGGAAAUUUGGCCCCUCGACCUGCAGCCUUGACCGCUAUGGCGGACUUGCAGCGGUGGCCCUGGGAGUCGGAGUGGGGGCGGUAGUGGGGCUCAUCGCCGGGGCCCUGAAGGGCAUGGCCAGGGGGGCUGCAGCGGGGGCGGUCAUUGGUGGAGUAACUGGGGGUCAGGUGGUGACCUUUCUCAGGAUGAGGUUGGGAGUACGGGAAGAGAGGGAUACGUCUGAAAUAGGUUACAGCCUCUGAACGUGCGUCGGGCUUAUUGCUGAGAAAGCCAACAGGUGGAUGGAAUUCCGGUGCAUUCCAUACCCUGCAGUCACACUGGUUACAUCCACAUAAAUCAAAACAUCGAGACAGGCUCAGAAAACCCUUCUGUUUGUGAGAAUACACCCAAUACAUUGAUAAAUUGAGCAUAUGACAAUUGAUAGUAGCUACUGUAUGUACUGCAGCUACAGUGUAUCUUCAUGUUUCGACGCUCUUAGAAAACAAUCUGAGCUGAAGUUUAGACAGAACAAUCACUCAAAAAGCACUUUCUCUGCAUUUAUAAUAUGACAGUAUGUCUAUGCAUUUUUGCCUACCCAAGUUAUGAUAAAAUACAAAAACAAUAGGAAACAUUCUCAAGCUGUUAAUACUAUAUUAGAUGUCUUUUCCAUAGAGGGUGUAGCUGGGAAUGCAGAGCGCUUACUUUGCAUGUGUAAAAGCCCCAGUGUCCCUGGGUUGUUUCAAUGUGCUGUUUUCCCGACUUGGAUGUUGCGUUGGACAAUCACAUCUGCUAAAUAAAGUUUUUGCAACGCUUUGAA